UAGGAGAAGGGAAGUUAGUUUCACUCAGAUACUGGGAAUUGAAUGUCGGUUUCGUUGCAGGUUGUUACUAAUAUAGUGAUCUAUAAUAGUAUGUUGCAAUCCCAUAAAUUAUCCUGAUCUACUGAAAUGUUGUGUCUGAACGGCGUUUUGUUGUUUUGGACUCUGUGUCAUGUCCUCAGACAAGCAUGGUCUGAGGAUGAGCUGUCAUCUCCACGGGACGUGCGCGUUGACUCUGCUGUGCGUUGGCGCCCCGCCACAGACAGGCCAGGGAUAAAUUACACGGUUCAGUACAGGAGCAGUGACCGCGAGAAGUGGCACAACAUUUCGGGCUGUGUUCAGACCAAGCUCACCACCUGUAAUAUACAGUCUGGAUGUGUGAUGGUGCGAGUCCUGGCUCAGGAAGGGAACCGCACAUCCAGAUCCGUCGAAGCCUGUCGACAUGCUGAUUCUUGCAGCCCUGAAGUCCAGUUGACCUCCAAGGAAGGACUUCUGAUGGUCCACAUGGUAAAGAACAACCGUCUACUGGAGGAUAAUGGAGACCAUUUUCAAUACGACGUUCAAUAUGGCCGAGACGGGGAGGAGCUCAAACAGGAUCUUUACACCUCCGCAUCCCUUAUUACCAUCAAACAUCUGGAUGUGGGCCGGAGGUACUGUGUACAGGUCCGGUAUUUAUGUUACCAAAAACCCUUUGGAACCCCCAGCGUUCAACAUUGUGAGUCCAUCCAAGAGUCAGAAAGGACACAGAAAAAGAAGAUUGUGGCGAUCGGUGUGACCUUUACCAUCCUGUUGGGUGUCUUGGUAGUGGGCCUUACGCUCUUCAUCUACAGGCACCAUAAGAAAAUCAAAGAGUUCCUCCAGCCCCCACUACGGUUACCAGACCACUAUUGUGAGUACCUGUCAGGGGUGUUCCCCCAGCAGGCCCUGUCCCUCACAACCAGUCCCUGUGAAGAACGCCAUGAUCUCAUCUCCAUCGUCUGCCUUGAAGAGGACCUGAUUCCUGAGUCUGACAGAGAGCAGGAUUAUGACUCGCCUAAUGGACUGGAUGUAUUAGAUCAUUAUGAAUGAGCCUGUGACUUCAGACAUAAGACUUUUUCCAUUAGGAUUUGAGAUGAACUUGAUAGCGUCAGAACAUUAACUAGGGGCGGCAGGUAGCCUAGUGGUAAGCGUGUUGGGUCAGUAACCGAAAGGUUGCUGGAUCGAAUCCCCGAGCUGACAAGGUAAAAAUCUGUCGUUCUGCCCCUGAGCAAGGCAGUUAACCCACUGUUCCCCGGUCGGCCGUCAUUGUAAAUAAGAAUUUGUCUAGUGAACUGAUUUGCUUAGUGAAAUAGUUUUAUAGUAGGCCUGGCUAUUGCACUGUUUCCACUCCAAAGGCUUUGCUGAGCAUCAGCUACCGGGGCGGCAGGUAGCCUAGUGAUUAGAGCGUUGGACUAGUAACCGGAAGGUUACGAGUUUAAACCCCCGAACUGACAAGGUACAAAUCUGUCGUUCUGCCCCUGAACAGGCAGUUAACCCACUGUUCCCAGUCAUUGAAAAUAAGAAUUUGUUUUUAACUGACUUGCCUGGUUAAAUAAAGAAAAAAGAAAAAAAUUAUUGUUGAUCAAAAGAAAACUAUUUUACAAUAAAGUAAACUUCUGUGGGUAUUUUAGUUUGCUCUGCAACCGGGGCCAGAGAAAGAUGCUUGUGUCUCAGUAAUUACACCGACCCAGUAGCUGGAUAUUCAUUGGAUAAUAAUAGGUGCAAUCAGGUAGUCUGGCUAAAAAUAGACCCGCUAUACAUUUCUAAUUCAUUUUAGGAAAGUGCUGAGGUUUUCUGGAAAAGUAAGAAAGUGUCCUUGGGCCAGGACUUAAAUUGGGGAUUUUUGUUUGUUACAUUACUGCUGUAUAUGACAAAUCUGUACACUUCACACUAUUUCUAAGUAUGAAAAAAAUAAUUCAAAUGUUUAAUGGGGUACUUUGGGAUUUAAGCAAUGCUAACUACCGUUAGUGCUAACUACCGUUAGUGCUAACUACCGUUAGUGCUAACUAGUGCUAACUACCGUUAGUGCUAACUAGUGCUAACUACCGUUAGUGCUAACUAGUGCUAACUACCGUUAGUGCAAUGACUGGGAAGUUCAUGGGUAUCUGCUAGCAGGUAAUUUUACGAACCAAUUAAAUUUUCCCUGAGGUGUACUGUAUGUAUGUUCAAAGUUGGUUAUGUCUAAAGUGUCAGUGUGCUGAGACCUAUAUGCUGUCACUUUAUACGUUCUCCUCGUACUAAUUGAAUUUAUUUUUAUAUUGAUUGUAUUUCUUCUGUCAAAUCCUUUCAUUACUUCAUGCUGUUAAUAAACGUUUGGACACAGUCAA